GGCUGGGCAAUGGGACUGCACCGUACCACCGCCCUCGCCAUGUCAUCCUUCAUGGCUGAUGAGAUGAUCUUUUCUGCUUUAGUCUCCAUCAUUAUCUCUUGAAAAUGUGUCCGUCGGAGAGUUCGCUAAAUGUCAAGGCGGACUGCUCUCUCUUUAUGUCGCCAUCAUGAGCCAAGCCUGUUCAGCCAUCCUUAAGGCGAACAUGAGGAUCCACGGUAAAAUAGUUGUGAUCACCGUGUGUUUCGGAAUUUUCCUCCUUUUUUACUUUUGGGGGAGCAAUGCAGCGGAUGAUCUACAGCUGAAAACAGCUGUAAAUGAAGGGGGACAUAAAGACAGCAACUCUGUGCCAACUCCGUUGGAGCUGAAACUUGAUGCAGCUAAGUUUGCAAAGAAACCACCCAUUGGAGUCGUUGUUCGAUUGGAUGAACCUCCGGGAGGGCGAGCAGAGCCAAACUCGAUCGGUAGAGGUGCCAACGUCAAAGAAAAGAGUAAACCAAGGGGAAAUGUGGCUCGAACUGUGACUAAGAUCAAACAUGCAGAAGAGGUUAUGCACUUGGCUGUGGUGGCCUGUGGGAACCGACUGGAUGAGACCCUCACUAUGUUAAAAUCAGCUGUCCUGUUCAGCAUUAAGAGGAUCAGGUUCCACAUAUUUGCUGAAGACCUUCUGGCUCCACUAUUUAAAGAGAGGCUGAACCAGUGGCCACGUUCUGUCAUAGCAAAGUUUCAGUACAGUAUAUAUCCUAUAACCUUCUCUGUUGGGAACACUGACGAGUGGAAGAAGCUCUUCAAACCCUGUGCUGCACAGAGACUCUUCCUCCCAGUCAUCCUGACGGAAGUGGACUCUUUGCUCUAUGUGGACACUGAUGUAUUGUUUCUGCGGCCUAUGGAUGAUAUCUGGAGUAUCCUGAAGUCCUUUAACAGUACACAGCUGGCAGCAAUGGCCCCAGAACAUGAGGUCCCAAAGAUUGGCUGGUACAGCCGCUUCGCUCGGCAUCCUUUUUAUGGAGUCACAGGGGUCAACUCUGGAGUAAUGCUGAUGAAUCUCACACGCAUCCGCAGCACAGCAUUCAAAAACAGUAUGAUCCCCAAUGGGCUACCAUGGGAGGAUCUUCUUCAUCCACUCUAUCAGAAGUAUAAAAACCACAUCACCUGGGGAGACCAGGACCUCCUAAACAUUAUCUUCCACUACAAUCCAGAGUGUCUGUUCAUCUUCUCCUGCCAGUGGAACUACAGACCAGAUCACUGUAUGUAUGGGAGUAACUGCAAAGGAGCCGAAGAGGAGGGUGUGUCUAUCCUUCAUGGGAACCGUGGAGUAUAUCAUGAUGACAAGCAACCGGCAUUCAAAGUACUCUACGAUGUAAUAAAAGAGUUUCCAUUUGAGGACAACAUGUUCCAGUCUCUGUUCUACCCCAUCCAGACCAAGUUUUUGGACACAGUUAAUACCCUUUGUGGUCGAAUUCCUCAGGUCUUCCUCAAGCAAAUUGAAAGGACCAUGAAAAAGGCUUUUGAGGAGAAAGUGGUCCGACAUGUAAGACCACAUAAAUAACUUUUGAAAAAAGAACUCUGUGAAAAGUCUCUCUAUGACAAGGACCAUAAUGCUGUGGAUUAAGUGUCAAACCACUAUGGCACUAAGCACUAUGGUUGGAAAACAGUCAACAUAUCCUGGAACCAAGGCACAAAUCCCAAUCCUGUGAUCAGAUUGGUUAUCAGCAUAUGUAUAUACAGUGGCGUAUGGUGCUAGGGAGGUACCAAUACAUUGACAUUUAUGAAAAAUAAUCCCUCCAGCCCUCGACACUUAACGGUACACUGUGCCACCUGUAUGACUUCAAGGGUACAUAAAAAAAGUGUCUGAAAUGAUGUGCUAAUGAUGUGAUGUAGGUGGAUAUACAGUGCAUUCAGAAAGUAUUCAGACCCCUAUCCUUUUUUUCAGUGCCCCAUAAUGACAGUGAAAAUGGAAUUUUAGAUUUUUUUUGCAAGUUUAGAGCCCAGAGACAGGAUUGUUUCUUCAGAAGGCUACAAAAAUGUCUGCUGCAUUAAAAGUUCCCAAGAGCACAGUGACCUUCAUAAUUGUCAACUGGAAGAAGUUUGGCACUACCAGGACUCUCCCAAGAGCUGGUCGCCCAGACAAAUUGAGCAAUCAGGUGAGUAGAGCCUUAGUAAGAGAGGUGACCAAGAAUCAGAUGGUCACUCUGACUAAUCUCCAGAGAUCCUGUGUGGAGAUGAGACAUAGUUCCAGAAGGACAACCAUCACUGCAGCCCUCCACUGAUCUGGGAUAAUGGCAGAGUGGCUAGACAGAAACCUCUCUUCCAAGCAAAACUAGUGAAAGCCUACUCUGAGUUUGUGAAAAGUAUCUAUGAAGGACUGUGAGAAACAAGAUUCUCAGGUCUGAUGAAACCAAGAUUGAACUGAUUGGCUUCAGUUCUAAAAGUUAUGUCUAGAGGAAACUGGGCACUGCUCAUCACCUGCCCAAUGCCAUCCCAAGAGUGAAGCAUGGUGGUGGCAGCAUCAUGCUGUGGGUUUUUUUCAGCAUUAGGGACUUCUAGACUGGUCAGGCUUGAGGGAAAGCUGAAUGGAGCAAAGUACAGAGAUAUCCUCAUUAAAAACCUGUUCCCAAGCACUCAGAUUGGUCCGAAGGUUCACCCUCUAACAUGACAGUGACCCUAAGCACACAGUGAAGACAACACAGGAGUGGCUUAGUGACAACUGUGAAUGUCCAAGAAUGUCCCAGCCAGAGCCCUGGCUCGAACCCUAUCCACCAUCUCUGUAGAGACCUGAAAAUGGCGGUCCCCAACCACCUUGACUAAGUUUGAGAGGAUUUUCUAAGAAGAAUGGCAGAAGUUCCCAUAAUCCAUGUGUGCAAAGCUUGUCAUAUUCAGAAAGACUUCCAGCUGUAACUGCUGCCAAAGGUGGUUCAACCAAGUACUGAGUAAAGGUUCUCCAUACUUAUAUCAAUGGGUUGUCUAAUUUUUUUUGCAAAGAUUUCUAAAAUCCAGUUUCACUUUGUCAUUACGUUUACUGAGUGGAACAAAGAGCGCAGCACUAUAGCUGAACAACAUUGAGAAAUUUGCACCCUGUGCUUUUGUGGUAAAGUGAAGUUUAACCGUUAUGCUGCAGUGAUUUUCAUCAUAUAAUUUUUACACCAGUACCACCAGCAUAACGCUGCAUUCAAACACUACAACGGCCUGCCUGUCUGUCAUAUGCACAACAAUGCAUCUCUGAUAAAGUUAUAAAGAAAUAGUAAUUUAUGAUUAUUACGCAGCAUUAAGCAGGAUGUAACCGGUCCACUGUCUCAACUCUACAGUUUGUCAGUUUUUUUUCAUAGCCCACAUGGUCUUCUUUAUCACUGUUUUACGUCUCCUGUUUAAUGGACAGUGAGCUUCAAUCCACUUCAGUAUAAUAAAUGAUGGUUAACCUUUGAUACUGCUAUAUUUUUGACUACAUUAUGCAUUGACCUAAAUAAAAAUAUCUAAAUGAAAGAGAUGAAACUAUGUUGUCUUCAUGCUCCUCCUCUCCUCUCGUCAGUCUCUUAUAUCAGGACUUAAAUAAUUCAACUGCUUAUUAUUCUUGGUAAAUUUGACAUCCAUAAGUGUUGAUGGACUUCCUCAAACCCCAGUUUUUACUGUUUUAUUGCUGAACUCAAACAGUACUGCACCUCAAUUGAAUAUGUAACUACAACAAAGACUUUUUCUAAAAGAAAUGAAUUUUGUUUAAGAUCUUCAAGACGUAACACUAAGGACAAAAGAACAUUUGGCUUGUUCAAUGUUCACUCACGUUUGUACAUGAUAUGCUGUUAAGUCUGUCAAACCUCUUUGAUGUAAAUAAAGUUUACAAAAAAAAAGUUUCACAUUAGACUAAAGUCCACCUUCACAUGUAAAAAAAACAUGAUUGGAAAUGCUGAAAAGUUACAUUUUGCCCUAACCCUAAAGCUUUACAUUUGAAAACUUGUUUUUUUUUUUUUUCUAAAUGGGAACACUUGAACUUCAUAGAUCAAAAAUUAACACAGACAUCUCUUCAGUGAGAGAUUUGAAUCAU